UCUGCCUUUUGCAUUUUAGGUAUGGCGGAAUCAUUUCUCUUCAGCAUCGCAGACUCACUCGUUGCAAAACUUGCUUCUGAUGCUUUUCAAGAAGCUUUUCGAUUGGUAGGUUUGUACGACAAUCUCCGACACUUUAGAAAGACUCUCUCUUUAGUUAAGGCUGUUCUGUUAGAUGCUCAACAAAAGCAAGAUCACAAUCAUGAGCUGCGAGAAUGGCUCACUCAACUCAAAAAUAUCUUCUUGGAUGCCGAAGAUGUUUUGGAUGAAUUCGAGUGUGAAACACUACGAAAUAAAGUGGUCAAAGGUCAUGGUAGCACCAAAGACAAGGUAAGUCACUUCUUCUCAACCUCUAAUCCACUUCUUUUUCGUUACCAAAUGGUUCAACAAAUUAAAGAUAUCAGCAACAGACUAGACAAGAUUGCAUCUGAUAGGCAUAAGUUUAUUCUUCAAAUAGUUGAUGUUGACACACGUGUUGUUCAUCGGAGAGAUAUGACAUAUUCCCGUGUGAGUGAUUCAGAUGUGAUAGGAAGGAAAAACGACAAACAAAAGAUCAUAGAGCUUUUGAUGCAGCAGAAUCCUAAUGAUGAUGAUACAAGUCUAUCUGUUAUCCCCAUUGUGGGGAUUGGAGGCUUGGGAAAGACUACCCUUGCAAUGUUUGUAUUCAAUGAUAACAAGAUCCGGGAGUGCUUCCCAUUGAGAAUGUGGGUUUGUGUUUCUGACGAAUUUGAUAUCAAGCAACUGAUAAUCAAAAUCAUCAAUUCUGCCAGUGAUCUAGCUUCUGCAGAUGCUCCUUCUCGACAACACAAAUGGAAGACGUUGGAUCUGGAGCAAUUGCAAAAUCAACUCACAAACAAACUUUUCGGUCAAAAGUUUCUACUUGUCUUGGAUGACGUAUGGAACGAAAACCGUGUUAAAUGGGUUGAUCUGAGGAAUUUAAUCCAAGUAAGUGCAGCAGGAAGUAAAAUUCUUGUGACCACACGUAGUCAUUCAAUUGCUUCCAUGAUGGGCACACUGCCCUCUCACAAUUUAGAAGGUCUUUCUGAGGAGGACUCAUUGUCUCUAUUUGUCAAGUGGGCAUUUAAAGAAGGAGAAGAGGAAAAACAUCCUCACUUAAUAAACAUUGGGAGACAAAUUGUGAAAAAAUGCAGAGGGGUUCCUUUGGCUGUGAGAACACUAGGUUGUUUACUAUUCUCGAAAUUUGAGGCUAGUGAAUGGGAAUAUGUGAGUCAUAAUGAAAUUUGGAAUUUGCCUCAGAAAAAUGAUGACAUUUUACCUGCCCUUAAACUGAGUUAUGAUCUUUUGCCAUCCUAUUUGAGGCAAUGUUUUGCAUUGUUUUCCCUUUACCCAAAGGAUUAUGUAUUCAAUAGUUAUGAAAUGACUUCGCUUUGGGGGGCACUUGGACUCAUUGCAUUACCAGAAAAGAACAGGACACUUGAAUAUGUGACCAAUCAAUAUUUGGAUGAACUUCAGUCAAGAUCUUUUCUUCAAGAUUUUGUAAAGUUUGGCACUACUUAUAAAUUUAGAAUACAUGAUUUGGUGCAUGAUCUCGCUCUCUUUGUUUCAAAGGAUGAGUGUGUACAUUUAAGUUCCAACAUCAAAUAUAUUCCAGAUAAUGUUCGGCAUCUAUCUUUUGCUGAAAGCAGUUUGUUUGGUAAUUUAUUCACCAAAAAAUUGGUAGCUUUGAGAACCAUACUGUUUCCAGAGGUAUUCAACACUUGUCUGUCAAAGUUCAAAUACUUGCGAGUUUUGGAUUUACGGUCUUCGACAAUUGAGACUUUGCCCCGUAACUUUUCUAAGUUGAAACAUCUGAGAUAUUUGGACUUAGGCUACAAUGACAACAUUAAGAGACUCCCUGAGUCUAUUUGCAAGCUCCAAAGUUUGCAAGUGUUAAAGCUUGACGGAUGCAUGGAGCUUGAAGCAUUGCCCAAAAAAUUAAGGAAACUGAUCAGUCUUCGUUAUUUUAACUUUAGCACAACGCAAUCUGUUUUUCCUAACAAGGAGAUUGCCAGUUUGGGCUCGCUUGAAAUAAUGUCCAUUAAAUCAUGCCAUAAUGUGGAGUCCAUCUUCGGAGGGGUGAAAUUCCCUGCUCUUAAAACAUUGAAUGUUUUCGACUGUCCGAGUCUAAAGUCUUUGUCGCUGGAUAGUCAAAAUUUUCCUCAAUUAGAAACAUUUUUUGUUGGUGGCUGCGGUAAUUUGGACUUGCAACUGUGGAAGAGCCACCAUGAAAAAGAAAGCCCCAAGCUGAAGUUAAAAGUUGUUGCAUUUUCAAGAUUAUCACAGUUGGUGGCCUUGCCUGAAUGGCUUCAGGAAGCUGCCAACUCCUUACAGUACUUGCUUGUUUUAGAUUGCCCCAAUAUUGAAACUUUUCCAGAGUGGCUGUCAACUCUGACUGGUCUGAAAGCACUUCGUUUAAUAGAUUGCCCAAAUUUGAUAUCUCUCCCUGAUAACAUCGACCACCUCACUGCACUUGAAAGUUUGAAAAUUGGAAGUUGUCCUAAGUUAUGUAAAAAGUAUCAACCCCAUGUUGGGGAGCUUUGGUCCAAAAUAUCACACAUAAAAAACGUUAUGAUUGAUGAACUAGAGGAGCCUGAAGAAUUAUAGGAAGAGCCAGACGUAGUUCCAAGACCCUUAUUUUCUUUUAUUAAGGUAUUUUUCAUAGUGUUCAUUGUUUUAUGGUUUUUCAUUUUUUUUUUCUCGAGAAAAUUAGU